AUGCAGCUUUGGAUUCCGUAUGUUUUGCUAAGUGCAACAUCAGUCUGCACUGUUGAGAUGGCUGGCAAUUAUGGUGAAAUGUGUCAAGACCUGUGUGCCUGUGAGGAGAGAGAAGGGAUACUUACAGUGAGCUGCGAAAACAGAAGAAUUGUAACCCUGUCAGGCAUAAGUCCAGUGCAUUCAUCCCAGUAUCACCUGCUCCUCAAUGGGAAUCUGUUGAAAAAGCUAUCUGUCGACGAUUUUGUUGAGUACAAAGGACUGACAAUCUUACAUCUUGGGAAUAAUGAAAUAUCUGAAGUUCAAGCAGGAGCUUUUAAUGGACUCCAGGGAUUAAAACGAUUACAUCUGAACAAUAACAGAAUCGAUGCCCUAAAGGAAGAGUUUUUCCUGGGUCUGGAAAGUUUGGAAUAUUUACAAAUUGAUUACAAUUACAUCAGUCAUGUGGAGCCGAAUGCCUUCAGCAGACUUCAACAUCUGGAGGUCUUGAUUCUAAAUGACAAUUUAAUCUCAAGUCUGCCUGUAAACAUCUUUCAGAAUGUUCCAUUGACUCAUUUAGACCUGAGGGGGAAUCAGCUCAAAGUGCUUCCCUACACUGGUCUGCUGGAGCACAUGAACAGCGUAGUGGAGUUACAGCUGGAGGAGAAUCCGUGGAACUGCUCCUGUGAGCUAAUUGCUCUCAAAACCUGGCUUGAAAGUAUUUCAUACACAGCCUUGGUUGGAGAUGUUGUUUGCGAGUUCCCCUUUCGGCUUCACGGGAGAGACCUCGAUGAAGUUUCAAAACAAGAGUUGUGCCCGAGGAGAGCCAUCGCUGAAUAUGAAAUGCCGCCUCCGCCGCAUUUGAGCACUGAUGCAUACCGUAGGACCACGCCAGCUCUAGUUGCAGCCUCCUUCACCUCAUCUGGAAUUGCAAGAUCCUCAUCAAGACCCACUAAGGGACCUCGGCAAUCUGCCAAAUUAAAAUCAAGACCCACUGCCCGUGUCCCAUCCAAUAAGCCACAAAAUUAUGGUCAAAUUGUUUCAUUUCAGACCAAGUCUCCUGUGCCUUUAGAUUGCCCAACUGCCUGCACCUGUAAUCUGCAAAUUUCAGACCUUGGCUUGAAUGUGAACUGCCAGGAGAGAAAGAUUGAACAAAUCUCUGAUUUAAACCCAAUACCAUACAAUCCCAAAAAGAUGUAUCUCACAGGGAAUUACAUCUCGGUGGUCCAUCGAUCAGAUUUUACCGAAGCAACGGGGUUAGACUUGCUUCAUCUUGGUAACAAUCGAAUUACUGAUGUAGAUGAUAGAGCGUUUGGCGAUUUAACAAAUCUUAGAAGACUAUACCUUAAUGGAAAUUUGAUAGAACAUCUACCAGCUGAUAUAUUUUAUGGACUAGAUAGCCUACAGUUCUUAUAUUUAGAGUACAACAUCAUCAAAGAGGUUACUGCCCAUACUUUCCAGCAUGUACCUAAACUUCAGCUUCUGUUUUUAAACAAUAACCUCUUGAAAACAUUGCCAGAGGGUACAUUUAAUGGCUUGACAUUAGCUAGACUGAAUCUUCGCAACAAUCAUCUGCGAUAUCUGCCAGUGAGGGGUGUAUUAGAUCAACUUACAACACUCGUACAAGUCGAUUUGUAUGAGAAUCCCUGGGAUUGCUCUUGCAGUAUUCUAGACUUGAAGAUGUGGUUAGAGCAGCUUAGCACAGGCACAGUUGUAAACAAUGUCAUCUGUGGCUCCCCGAAGAAACUGGCUGGGGAAGAUAUGAGAUAUAUUAAGACAACUAAUUUCUGCCCUAAUAACUCUGAAGUGCUUGCUUCCAUGAUUCCACCCUCGGAAGAAUCUUUUCCGGGCAGCACCAUCACCAUAGAAAUGUCCUUGGACUCUGACGCGCAAUACAGCACCAUUCCUUUAUCUGUGAUGAUACUGGCCCUGCUGCUCAUCUUUAUUUUGUCUGCGUUUGUGGCUGCCGGAUUGUUUGUGGCGAUGAGAAAGAGACGUCAGAAGAGCCAAAACGAGCAGAAUAACUCCAUGAACGCUUGCAUUAGCUCUCUAAAUAUGGAGUAUGGACUUUACAAAAAGGGAUCCAUUCCCAAAGUCAGAACAUCUGCUGGACACGUUUAUGAGUACAUCCCGCCACCCACAGAGACCACAUGCAGUACUGCUGCACACACCGCUAUGGACAACAAAUCAGUUGAUGGUUUUAGAGACUUCGACGAGCUAAGUGGAGCUUUUCUGGGUAACUCAGACGAGGAGGCAGCCAGUAAUGUGAUCAGCUCAGAAUACAGCACCACAACUUCAGAACCUCUCAACAAGCCCUCAACCCCUUACCAAGAUGAUCCACGCUACUACAGAGAUGUACUUGAACCUGACAAGAACAGACGCUACAGCAAUACAUUACCUUGCAGGCACGGAGCCCAUUCAUCAACUCAGUAUACCUCAGACUUUGAUGCAAGGCAUCAGUACAUGCACCCAGAGAGAAUACAGCAAACAAUACUGUAUUGUACAGCGCCAAAUUCUGUUUAUGUGGAGCCCAACAGGAGCGAGUACUGGGAAUUGAAAGCAAAGCUCCACAUCGAUCCAGACUACCUUGAGGUUCUGGAAAAACGAACUACGUUCACGCAGUUUUAA